CUCAGGGCUGCCAGAAUGACUCCCGCUCAGUGCGUGGCGCCAGCGCCUGUCAUGUCCCUGCUACCUCUCUGGGGCCCACGGCUCCUCCUCACGUGGCAACUCCUGUGGCUACUAGUCCAGGAGGCUCAGCCUCUGGAGUGGGUCAAACACCAGCUCCAGCUGACCUCUAACACCCUGGGACCUACUGAACGUUGGUCUUCCGGCUUGUCUGAUCUCCCACAGGAGACUCCCUAUACGCUUACUCCCCGAAUUCUGCAAGAUGAAUAUUCAAAUAUGGAUAUACUGUAUCCCAGCAGCCUGCCUCCAGAACUCCGGGCGAACUCAGAUAAGCCUUCAGGGAUCCCUGAGGAAUUCCAGCAAGAGCCCAAAACUCAAAAUCCAGAGACCCUGGAAGACAUCCAGUCCUCUUCACUCCAGGAAGAAGCCCCAGGGCAGCUUCCACAGCUCCCUGAGGAGGUAGAACCUUCUUCAACCCAGCAGGAGGCCCCAGCUCUGCUUCCAGAGUCCUCUAUGGAAAGUCUAGCUCAAACGGAACCAAAUCAUGAGGUGACAGUUCAUCCUCCAGGUGAGGAUCAAGCUCAUUAUAACUUGCCCAACAUUACAGUUAAACCUGCAGACGUGGAGGUUACCAUAACUUCAGAGCCUACCAAUGAGACAGAAUCUUUCCAAGCCCAGCAGGAGGCCCCGAUUCAGUUUCCAGAGGAGGCGGAACCUUCUGCAACCCAACAGGAGGCCUCAACUGAGCCUCCAGGUCCUCCUAUGGAGCAUGAACUUUCCCCCAGUGAGCAGGAGCAGCCAGCUCAGCCUUCGGAGUCUUCUGGGGAGGUUGAAUCUUCUCAGACCCAGCAGGAGGCCCCAGCUCAGCCUCCAGAAGAGACAGAACCUUCAGCAAUCCAGGAAGAGGCCCCAACUGAGCUUCCAGGUCCUCCUAUAGAGGCUGAACUUUUCCCCAGUGAGCAGGAGCAGCCAGCUCAGCCUUCUGAGUCUUCUGGGGAGGUUGAAUCUUCUCCAGCCCAGCAGGAGACCCCAGCUCAGCCUCCAGAACAUCAUGAAGUCACAGUUUCACCUCCUGGUCACCAUCAGACUCAGCAUUCAGAUUUGCCCAGUGUCUCUGUUAAGCCUCCAGAUGUGCAGCUCACCAUAGCAACAGAGCCUAGUGCAGAGGUGGGAACUUCUCCAGUCCCCCAGGAGGCUACAGCUCAGCUCUCAGGGCCAGGUAAUGAUGUAGAACCUCCCACCAUCCAGCAUGGGGGCCCACCUUUGCCUCCAGAGUCAUUGGAAGAGGCUGGACCUUCAGCAAUUCAACAGACUUCAGUUCAAUCUCCGGAACCUGUUAAUAGUGAGAACCCUUCUCCAACCCAGCAGGAGGCUGCAGCUGAGCAUCCACAGACCGCUGAGGAGGGUGAGUCUUCUCUAACCCAGCAGGAGGCCCCAGCUCAGACUCCAGAGCUCCCUAAUGUAGUUGUAGCUCAACCUCCAGAGCAUUCAAACCUGACUCAAGCCACAGUUCAACCUUUGGACCUGGGACUUACCAUCACUCCAGAAUCCGUGACAGAGGCUGAACUUUCUCCAACCAUGCAGGAGACCCCAACUCAGCCUCCUAAGAAAGUUGUACCCCAACUUCCAGUACAUCAAGAGAUAACAAUUCCAACACCAGGUCAGGAUGAAGCUCAGCAUCCAAUGUCACCCAGCGUUACAGUUCAACCUUUGGACCUGGGACUUACCAUCGCUCCAGAACCCACUACGGAGGCUGAACAUUCUACACCCCUGAAGAAGACUAUAGCUCCUCCAAAACAUCCUAAGGUGACACUUCCACAUCCAGACCAGAUUCAGACUCAGUAUUUACACCUAACUCAAGCCACAGUUCAACCUUUGGAUCUGGGGUUUAUCAUCACUCCAGAAUCCACAACAGAGGUUGAACUUUCUACUGUCCUGACGACUACAGCUCCUCCUCCAGAACACCCUGAGGUGACACUUCCACCUUCAGACCAGGUUCAGACUCAGGAUUUACACCUGACUCAAGCCACGAUUCAACCUUUGGACCUAGGGCUUACCAUCACUCCAGAAUCCACAACAGAGGUUGAACUUUCUCCAACCAUGCAGGAGACCCCAACUCAGCCUCCUAAGAAAGUUGUACCCCAAUUUCUAGUACAUCAAGAGGUAACAAUUCCAACACCAGGUCAGGAUGAAGCUCAGCAUCCAAUGUCACCCAGCGUUACAGUUCAACCUUUGGACCUGGGACUUACCAGCACUCCAGAACCCACUGCGGAGGUUGAACCUUCUACAGCCCUGAUGACUACAGCUCCUCCUCCAGAACACCCUGAGGUGACACUUCCACCUUCAGACAAGGGUCAGGCUCAGCAUUCACACCUGAUUCAAGCCACAGUUCAACCUCUGGCCCUGGAGCUUACCAUAACUACAGAACCUACUACAGAGGUUAAACCAUCUCCAACCACAGAGGAGACCUCAACUCAGCCUCCAGACCCGGGGCUUGCUGUAACUCCAGAGCCCAUUACAGAGACUGGACAUUCUACAGCCCUGGAGACGACUACAGCUUCUCAUUCAGACCAGGUUCAGACUCUGCAUCAAAGCCUGACUGAAGUCACAGGUCCACAUACUGAACUAGAACCCACUCGGGAUUCACUGGUACAGUCUGAAAGUCACGCCCAAAAUAAGGCUUUAACUGCAUCAGAGGAACAGAAGGCCUCCACAAGCACCAACAUAUGUGAGCUCUGUACCUGCGGAGAUGAGACACUGUCAUGUGUUAAUCUCAGCCCAAAGCAGAGGCUCCGCCAAGUGCCUGUGCCAGAGCCCAACACCUACAAUGGCACCUUCACCAUCUUAAAUUUCCAAGGAAACUAUAUUUCUCACAUUGAUGGAAAUGUAUGGAAAGCAUACAGUUGGACCGAGAAACUAAUUCUGAAUGAAAAUUAUUUGACUGAAUUACAUAAAGAUUCAUUUGAAGGCCUGCUAUCCCUCCAGUAUUUAGAUUUAUCCUGCAAUAAAAUACAGUCUAUUGAAAGACAUACAUUUGAACCACUACCAUUUUUGCAAUAUAUAAAUCUUGGUUGCAAUUUACUCACAGAACUGAGCUUUGGAACAUUUCAGGCCUGGCACGGAAUGCAGUUUUUACACAAGUUAAUUCUCAAUCGCAAUCCUCUGACAACUGUUGAAGAUCCGUAUCUCUUUAAAUUGCCGGCAUUAAAAUAUUUAGACAUGGGAACAACUCAAGUCCCACUUGCAACACUUAAGAACAUUCUCACGAUGACUGUUGAACUGGAAAAACUGAUCUUACCUAGCCAUAUGGCCUGCUGCCUCUGCCAAUUUAAAAAUAGCAUUGAGGUUGUCUGCAAGACAGUCAAGCUGCAUUGCAACAGUGCAUGUCUGACAAACACCAUACAUUGUCCUGAAGAAGCAUCUGUAGGGAAUCCAGAAGGAGCGUUCAUGAAGGUGUUACAAGCCCGGAAGAAGCACACGAGCACUGAGCUGACUAUUGAGCCGGAAGCGCCCUCAGACAGCAGUGACAUCAACUUGUCAGGCUUUGGGAGUGAGCAGCUAGACACCAAUGACGAGAGUGAGGUUAUCAGUGCACUAAGUUACAUCUUGCCGUAUUUCUCAGCAGGAAAUCUAGAUGCGGAAUCAAUGUUGUUACCGUUCAUGAAACGGCUCUUUUCUAAUGCACAAGAUGGAGACAGGCCCCUGAGUAUUUUGAAAAACAAUACAAAGGGCCCCUCUCUUCAACCUGCAUCCAACAACUCAACUUACGAAAGUAAAUUGAGAAAGCUGUACUUGCUGGAAAAUAUGUUAGAUACAGAAAUACAAGAAAAAAUCGAUGAAGUUAAAAGGGAAGAAAAAACUGCCAUGCUUAUGCAGCCCAGCCUUCUAGGUAACAAAUUUAAACGCCAAUUAUUUGAAAAGAAAUUAGAAACUGUCCAACCACAGGAAAACAGCCUGGCAAAGAUUCAAAGUGUAGGCAACAACCUGCAGAGAGUGAACAGAGUCCUUACGGGCCCAAGGAGCAUCCAGAAAAGGCACUUCAAAGAGGUGGGAAAGCAGAGCACCAGGAGGGAAGAGGGUGCGCAGGCAUUUGUGGAGAGCGCUGCCCAAGAAAAAAGGCUCGGGAGCCCGGUCUCAAGGGAGCUGGAACAGCCUCACACAGAGCAGGGGCGUGAGAAGUUAGCGGGAAAUGCCAUCUAUAUGAAGCCUUCGUUCACCCAAGAGCGUAAGGCGGCAGUCUCCUCUGUGCUGAAACCCUUCUCCAUGGGCGAGCCUUCUGCCUCCACCCCUGCAAAAGCCCUACCUGAGGUCAGAGACAGAUCGAAAGACUUAACCCAUGCCGUUUUCAUUUUAGAAAAUGCAAAGGCUAGAGUUAAGAAUACGAAGGCUGCUAAACCAAUCGUACAUUCCAGAAAAAACUACCGCUUUCAUAAAACUCGCUCCCGCGUGGCCCACAGCACACCCAAGGCCAAAAAGAGUCAAAAGUUGAGAAAGAAAAGUUAUCUCGAUAGACUGAUGCUCGCAAACAGGCCGCCAUUCUCUGCAGCGAAGAGCCUCAUAAAUUCCCCUUCACAAGGGGCUUUUUUGCCUUUAGUAGACCUGAGUCCUAAGGAAAAUCCUUUUCCUAAACUAUUUGAUCCUUCAGAACGUGUUAUAGAGAACACUAAUGUAAAGAACACAACUGCAAGAAAUGCCUUCAAAGAAAACAUUUUUAUGGAAAACACUACUAUGCCGGAAGGCACCAUCUCUGAAAACACAACCUACAAUCCUCCUCCUGAGGCAGAUUCCGCUGGGACUGCGUUCAACUUAGGGCCAGCUGUUAAACGAACUAAUCAGACACAAUGGGAAUACAACAACAUGGGCACUGACCUGUCCUCCGAGCCCAAAAGCUUCAAUUACCCAUUGCUCUCCUCCCCAGGUGAUCAGUUUGAAAUUCAGCUAACCGAGCAGCUACGGUCCCUCAUCCCCAGCGAGGAUGUGAGAAGGUUUAUUUCUCAUGUUAUCCGGACCUUAAAGAUGGACUGCUCUGACACCCGUGUGCAACUGACCUGUGCCAAGCUCAUCUCCAGGACAGGCCUCCUGAUGAAGCUUCUCAGUGAGCAGCAGGAAGUAAAGGCGUCCAAGGCAGAAUGGGAUACGGAACAGUGGAAAACUGAGAACUAUAUUAAUGAGAGCAUGGAAGCCCAGAGUGAACAGAAAGAGCAGAAGUUGAGUGAGCUCAUGAAAGACGUUCCAGGAUAUGGCUAUAACAGCAAACUCAUCUUGGCAAUAUCUGUGACUGUAAUACUAACAAUUUUGAUCAUAAUUUUUUGUCUCAUUGAGAUUCAUUCCCACAAAAGGGCAUCAGAGGAGGAUAAAGAAGACUCAUCACGGAUUCAUUCCUACAAAAGGGCAUCAGAGGAAGAUAAAGAAGACUCAUCACGGAUUCAUUCCCACACAAGGGCAUCAGAGGAGGAUAAAGAAGACUCAUCAGUGUCAGGCCCCUGAGCCCAAGUUAAGGCAUCCAGAUGGCCUGGAGCCAUGUUUUUUAAAUUUUAUUAUUAAGUAUUGUUUUUUUACUGGUUAAAUCAAUGAUAACAUUCUUUACUUUGUGGUUGUGUUACUCAAAAUGAGGAUUUUUAACAAUAAUAAAAAUAAAGCUUGUUAGAUCAUUUUUAAUUUUAA